GUGGCCUUUGUGGUGACGACUCCGACUCAAUUAAUGAAAGAAAUUUCAGACAUAACAGAAGGUCGCGCAGUUGUUAAGAAGGAUUUGGGUCAAUUGAAUGAGAAGGAACAAAAACUAAUUGAAAUAAACGUGAAUUCUACUAAGCAGGUGAAAACCGUUAACACAACCGUGGAAUCAUCGGCUGAAGCAGACACAGAUACCGUUAUAAUAGAAGCUGAGGAUGUCAAGAACACUACAGAUACGAAUAACGACUUAAAAACGGAACCGUCAGUAGUUUGUGAAAAUGCUGCGAGGAGACCCGAACUACAGCAACAUCGGAAGAAUUUGAUUGCAACGCCGAAAUUUCAUCAUGAAGGCAGUAAACCUUAUUUACAGUUAGUUGUGCCCACACAAUAUCCUUAUACUACAAGGCCGCCACAUCAUCCUGGUUAUGAUGGAGAUUACGGUUAUGGCGGUUAUCCUGGUAAUGGCGGUUAUCCUGGUUACGGCGGUUAUCCUGGUAAUGGCGGUUAUCCGGGUUAUGGUAGCUACCCUGGUUAUGGCGGUUAUCCGGGUUAUGGUGGCUACCCUGGUUAUGGCUAUCCGGGUUUUGGUAGUUACCCUGGUUAUGGUUUUGGUGGUUAUCCGAUAUUUAUUUACCCGAAUGGAACGAUUGCUAGCUUUCCAUUUGCACGUUUUCGUGCACUUAAUCUAGACUCACAAAGAUCUUUAGAAAAAUCAAAAUUUCACUCUAAAACACUAAGAACCACCACCGAGGCGAGUGGGGUGAAAGAAAAUAGCAAAGAGAAGGAAUCACUGCCAACAUUCUUUCGUUUUUUAAAUUUUGGUUAA